CUUUGCACUUACCAUAUGCAAUGGACUACUAUUUUGUAAACCCACAUUCUAACCCAAACUAUGCUCGCUCUGCUGACAUAGCUCCAUCCUCCUCUGAGUUUCUACUUUCUGAUUAUCUCAUUCUCGAUGAUUGUGCUGAUCAACAUCAAGAGUACUCUCGAUCACAAAGUACUGAUUCGUCAGAGAAGGUAACCUUCAGCGAUGCCAGUCACGGAUUCAAUGGUGCAACCUCCAACAACAAUAACAUAAAAUCCAAAAAUGGGAUCAAGCGAAAUAAGGCAGAAGUGAAUCCAAGGAUCGCGUUUAGAACAAGAUCAGAGCUUGAGAUUAUGGAUGAUGGAUACAAAUGGAGGAAGUAUGGAAAGAAGUCCGUGAAGAACAACCCCAAUCUAAGGAACUACUACAAAUGUUCAAGUGGAGGAUGCAAUGUGAAGAAAAGGGUUGAAAGGGAUAGGGAUGACUCGAGCUAUGUGAUAACAACUUAUGAAGGUGUGCACAAUCACGAAAGCCCAUUUACCUCUUAUUACAACCAAAUCUCCUAUGUUGAUUCUAAUGUUUAGGCAUUUUCGGCUUCUGAAAACUCAUCGUGGGUUAGAGAUCGAUAAUCUACCAGGAUCAGAGAAGACUUCAAAUCUCUUUGAAGAUUUUCAAGAGGAAUUAUAUGUCAUUCAUUAACAAAAUCCUUAUAUCAGUUAGAGGAGUUUGAAUCCACGUCCUUGUGGAAAGAAUAUGGUUUAUGGAUCAAAUCAUUAGCCAACUGUAUCCAUCUUUGUUGGCUCAACUCGUGGUUACUUAAUUUGUCUUCUUUCACUACUUGUCAAUUACCAAUGUAUGUCAAAUUUUUGUUUUUAAUACA